AUAUUUCAAUCAAAAAAAUUCCCUUCUUGGGAUAUUUCAAUCAAAAAUUCCGUCUUGGGAUAUUUCAAUCAAAAAAAUUCCCGUCUUGGGAUAUUUCAAUCAAAACUUAAGAUAAUCAAUUUAACAAUGUCCAGUUUAUAAUGUUUAAAGACUGGGUUAGUCUAGAACCACGGUUAAAGUUUGUUUUGGGAUAUGGAUUACAAAAACGCUAUCUUGUAUAAGAAGUAUUAUCUACUAAUUCAGGGUUUUCAAUUAGCAUAUUACAUAUCAUAAUCAUAUUUAAAGAAUGCUCUUUCGUGCUUCUUCUUUUAAAAGAAAUCCUUCUCAAAAUCAAGGAUACUAUUCUUUAAAAUGCCGGAAAUCGCUAUUGAUAUAGAUCCUGAUAAUGACCUUGAUGUUAAAUAUACAACACCAGAUGGUAAUGACUCUAGUGUUAAAGGUUCACCUAAACCACAUGUCGGUAAUCCAAUUAGUAUGGUAGAAGUCUCACCGAAAGGAAAAUAUCUUGUUUAUUAUAUGGAAAAAGACCAAACAAUUGUGGUUAGGGAUGUUAAUAAUAAAAGUGAUACUGGUAAAAGUUAUAAACCGAAUGAAUAUGAAAAAAUUUCGUACAUGUGUGUGUCCGAUAAGAAGAUACUAGCGUAUAUAUCUGAUCGUAAAAUUAGAAUAAUUGAUAUGAAUAAAGAAAAACCUCAAAAUAUAAAAUUGAAUCAUGAAGAUAUGGUAUCUUGCAAAUCUUGCAGUUUUAACUCAGAUGGAAAACUUAUUUUAUUUUGUACCACGUCAUACUCUACGGAUACAAUAAUUAAUGUCGUUUGUGUUCAUUCAAUACGAACUGAAAAAACCAGGUGUCAAAAGAUUUAUAUGAUUCCUAAAGAAGCGGAUGUAAUAAGUAUAUCAAAAUAUAAUAAGAUUUGGUUACGUUUUAAUGACAAUAUAUAUGUAUGGGAAAUUUUUACUGGUCAUACUACAAUUGUAUUAAAAAAUAUAAAUGAGGCAAAAGAAAUCAAAAUCUUGGAUGAUGAAGAAAAUGAGUAUACUCUUUUGAAAUUAAAUAAUGAAAUUACUGUUUAUUCAAAUAAAUUAGGAUGUCCAAUCACAUCUAUCACAUUAAGUGAGGAAAAUGAGGAAAAUGAAGAGGAACAUAAAUUAUCUAAUUUUAUAAUACAAUAUCCUAGUUUAAAUUGUUCAUUAUUUUCUCUACUGGAUAAAAAUGGUUGCUUGAAAAAUCUUAUUAAGUUACAAAGUCUAGCGCCUUAUUUUUUUAAACGUAUUGAAUCAAAAGACUAUAUACUUUCAUAUGAAGAUAACGAUAUUAAAUAUGAAAAUGUUACACUAUUAAACUUCAAUAAUCACGAUAAUAACAAUAACUCUUUUGGAAAAUAUCAAAUAGAAAAAAAUUCUAUUAUAUGGAAAAUUAAAAUGGAAGUAUUAGAGAAACAGGCCGAGGAAUCUGAGAAAAAGAUUAUUGAAGAUAAUAUUAAUUAUUUAGUAAAUAAAUUUAAAAAGUUAAUGAAAUCUAAAAAUUCUAAGAUUGAAGAGGACCUUUCUCAAUCAGUGAUAGAUAAAUUUAAUAAACAUGCAACUACAAAAGAAAUGAAAGAAUUUGAGAAAGAACUUAGUAAAUAUACAAAUGAUUUUCCGAAUGGUGAUAUCGAUGAUAUCAAUGUCAGUGUUAGAAUUAAUAAAUUAGUAAAUAAAGCUAUUAAUAGGCCAAUAAAAAAGAAAAUUAGAGUGGAUUUGGAAGAAUUUUUUACCAAGAAAAUUGAAGCUAAAUACCGAAAUCAAGAUGAAACUAAAAAUCAAGAUCAAGAUGAAACUAAAAAUCCAGGUGAAAUAAUAAAUGAAUUAAAAAAUUUAGAUGAUCCGGUAGAAAUAAUAAACAAAUUUUCUAGUUUAAUACAUAUAACUACAUUUGAAGAUUUAGAAGAAGAUAAUAUCGAUAAUAUCUAUAAACAGUUAAAAGAUGAGGCCAUUAAAAAAAUUAACACAAAAAAUUUCGUAGAAUUGAUUAAUGGGAAAGUGAAUUUAGGUGAUGAAUUAAAUAAAUUAAUAAGAAAUUUUUAUGAAUUCAAAAACUUAGUGAAAGACAUUAUUAAACAAAUAAAAAUUGUUGAAUCAAUGGAAAAUGAUAUUAAGGAUAUAAUACUACAAGCGAAGGAUCCUGAACGAGAAAAUAAACUUAAUGAUGUUAUUAAAAAGAUAGAGAAUAUUAAAAUUGAUAAAUUUAUGGAAAAUUUUAUUAAAAAAAUAGAGAACUUGCAAAUUAAAGGAUUAGAAAAUUUUCAAUUUGUCGAUUUUAGUAAAGAGGAUAAGGAUAUUAUUACUAAUGAAUCAGUAAAAAAAUUUAUUGAUGAUGAUGAUAUAGAGGAAAUAAAGAAUAAUGACAAUUGUUUUAAAAUUAAAUUUAAAGUGUUGGAAAAUUUUAAGAAGAAGGAUAUUAAGGAUAUCGAGAAUAUCAACAAUUCAACAACUUUUGUUAAAAAAAUAAUUAAAAUUGGAUUAUUGAAUGAUUUUAUUAAUAAAAAAUCAGGGAAAAAUAUGGAUGAAGCUUUAUCAAAAGAUUUAUCUAAAGUUGAUGAAAAAAAUGAAGAACUAGUAGAAUUAGUUAAUGAUUUUAUUGAAGAUAUAGUAACAAUUAGAAAAGAAGGAUUAGAGAAGAACGUUAUCGAAAAUAUAAAACAAGAAGAUCAAAGUAAAGAUUCUAAACAAUUAUUGGAAAUUUUUAUUAGUAAGAUAAAAUUAGCUAUACUUGAAGAAUCAUCUAAAAAUUUCGUUAGAGCAAUAAUAAAUUCUAAGAUUAAAAAAUUGAAGGAUGAGCUUAUUAGAGUUAUUAGACCAAAUAAUCCAAAUAAUUCGAAUCAAGACUCUAAUAUUAAUGAAAAACCUGAAAAAUCCGAAAACAUUUAUAGUGAAGCACUAACAAAUUUGGGUGGGUUUAUUAAUAGUAUUAGACCAAAUAAUUCAGAUAAUUCAAAUCAAGAAUUUAAUAAUAAUGAAAAACCUUAUAUUGAAGCUUUAAGAAAAUUUCUUGAGAUUAUUGAUAAGAUAAAUAUAAAUAAAAUUAUUAUGUUCGAAAAUAUUAAUAGUAAAAAGGAGGAACAAGAAAUUAAUCAAUUUGAGACCAUAGUGAUGGAAUAUUUUAACAAAGAGAUGAAUGAUGAUGAUACUAUUAAUCAAAUGACACAUUUUAUUGAUAAAAUAAAAGAAUUAGAAAUGAAAGAUUUAAAUAAAUGGAAAUCUGCCGUUAAAAGUGAAGUGAAAAAUUUAGUCAAAUUGAUAGGCAUAGCUAAAGAAUUAGAUCAACAUGAAAAACCGGAUAUUAUUAUUAUAGAAGGGGUAGCUAAAAUUGAUGAAGAAUUAGAACAAGAUUUUGUUAAACAAAUAAUUACUAAAAUUGAAGAUAUUGAAGAUAUUGAAGAUCAUCUUGUAAAAUUAAAACCAAAUUUUAUUAACCGGGUGACUAAAGUUAAAAAAUUAGGGAAAGAUCCUAAUAAUUUGGAAAUUAGAAUUGAUGAAAAUUUGGUAACUACUAAAGAUUUGAUUCGUCUGUUUUGUUCGGAUAGUGAUUUAAAUCGUAUAACUACUAGUAUUUAUUCAGAUGAUUCAGAUAGUAAAAUCUAUCUCAAUAUACUUGCCUAUGAUGAACUAUUAAAUAGUAAUGAGAUUGUUAUAUUAACCAAUAUCGGCAUUUUUAUUUUUCAUUUAAAUCUAAAGUUAAAUAAGUCUUUAAGUCUAAAUGAAAAGUUAAUUUCUUUGAAACAUUUUUAUUAUAUAUAUCAACCGGAACAAAGCAUCAAAAGUCUUUGCCAUGUUCAUUAUUUUCAUACUACCAAUUAUCUUGAUAGAAACAUCAUUGGUUACUAUGGAUAUGGAUGGCGUUCAUAUAAGGUUAAAUAUAAAGAUAUUACUAAAUAUUAUGGUCCUACAUCAUUAAUGUUGACUCAUGGAUGGGCUUCAUAUGUUAAAGAUAAUGGAGAAGAUUUUUUAAAAUAUGGUGCUGCAUUAUUAAUGUUUGCUAUUGAACUAAACGAUUUAGAAUUAAUAGAUGGUAUUUAUAAGAAAUGUUUGAAAUUGUUUAGUCAAAAUUUAGAAAAAAAUAAGGCAUUUUUAAGUAUCAUCACUACUUCAAUGCCAUUAUUGAAUGAUUUUUAUCCUGAAUAUGUUGAAAAGUAUUCAUCUGAUACGAAUUUGAUAAUAGAUUCUCUUAAUUAUAAAAUAGAAUAUCUUGGGAAUUCACAUCUCCAUCCUUUUUCCGAUAUUGAAAUAGUUGAUUUAUCACCAUCCAUUUAUUGGUUAGAUUAUGCUUAUAAUUUGGAUAAAUUACAACAUAAACAUAAUAUUUUUUACAAAGCAUUAUUAAUAAUUCAACUCUUAAUAUAUUUUUUAACAUUCCCUAUUUCCUUUCCAAUAUUUUAUAUUUUAAACUAUUUUCAUGUUAUUAAUCAAAUUCACACUGAUGGAUCUUCUUU